AUGAGCGAAUUUCCCGCAGUGCAAGUAUCCGCUCCAUCUCGCAGCUUACAGCAUUGCGGAUUGGAUUACGCUGGCCCUAUCGUUGUUCGGACGUCCACCGGUCGAGGAAUCGCUUCGCGUAAGGUGUAUAUCGCGCUGUUCGUUUGUCUGGCGACGCGUGCCAUCCAUUUAGAACUGGUGUCAGACUAUUCCACUCGUGUCUUCCUCAAUGCAUAUGUGCGCUUCUGCUCGCGCCGCGGAUUGCCGCAGUCGAUAUAUUCCGACAACGGAACGAACUUUGUCGGCGCGAAUCGCGAGUUGGCUGCCGCGUAUCGCGCCGCGUUGCGCGAUCCGGCUUUCCAAACGGCCUCCGAUAGCGUCGCGUGGCACUUCCUUCUUCCGUCAGCACCUCACUUCGGCGGAAUAUGGGAACCCGAAGUUAAGAGUGUAAAACAUCAUUUGCGCCGCGUUAUCGGUAGUCACAUUCUCACGUUCGAAGAAUUGCUGACAAUUUUAUGCAAAGUCGAGGCCUGCUUAAAUUCACGUCCUAUCGCACGGCUAUCGGAUAAUCUAGACGACUACGAACCAUUGACAUCUGAUCACUUUUUGAUCGGUGCUGCGAUCACGUCCGCUCCGGAACCCUCUCUGCUUGUUUUGAACGAGAAUCGCCUGUCUCGAUAG